AGAGAAAAACGCUCAGCGGUGGGAUUUCACGGAAGAUGCUGAAGAAACGGGAGCUGCUGCUUUCCGAGAGACAACCCUCCAGUGAAGAUGAGACCAUGGUCCCGGUACUAACGUCCAGAAAAGCCAGCGAACUCCCUGUCCACGAAGUAGUGUGUAUCCUGCAGGCCGACCUGCAGCUGGGUCUGACCCAGGGGGAGGUGAGCCGGAGGAGAGCCUACCAUGGCUGGAACGAGUUUGACAUCAGUGAAGAGGAGCCUCUGUGGAAGAAAUAUAUCGCACAGUUCAAAGAUCCUCUCAUCCUGCUGCUGCUGGCGUCGGCCGUCAUCAGCGUUCUCAUGCACCAGUUUGAUGACGCCAUCAGCAUCACUGUGGCCAUCAUAAUCGUAGUGACCGUUGCUUUUGUCCAGGAGUACCGCUCAGAGAAGUCUCUAGAAGAGCUCGGGAAGCUGGUGCCUCCAGAAUGUCACUGUGUCAGGGAGGGGAACCUGGAGCACCUGCUGGCCAGAGAGCUGGUUCCUGGAGACACCGUCUGCCUGUCGGUGGGAGAGAGGGUCCCAGCAGACCUGCGCCUGUUCGAGUCGACAGACCUGUCUGUGGAUGAGUCCAGUCUGACGGGGGAGACCACCCCCUGCUCCAAGUACACCUACCACCAGCCAGCGACCACCAACGGAGACAUCGCCUCCCGCAGCAACAUCGCCUUCAUGGGGACUCUGGUGCGCUGUGGCAAAGCCAAGGGCAUCGUCAUAGGAACCGGAGAGAGCUCAGAGUUUGGGGAGGUGUUCAAGAUGAUGCAGGCAGAGGAGGCUCCGAAAACACCGUUACAGAAGAGCAUGGACCUGCUGGGGAAGCAGCUCUCGCUCUAUUCCUUCGGCAUCAUAGGGGUCAUCAUGCUGGUGGGCUGGAUGCAGGGGAAGAGGAUCCUGGACAUGUUCACCAUCGGCGUCAGCCUGGCGGUGGCUGCCAUCCCCGAGGGUUUGCCCAUCGUGGUGACGGUAACGCUGGCGCUCGGCGUGAUGCGCAUGGUGAAGAAAAGAGCCAUCGUCAAGAAGCUUCCCAUCGUAGAAACUCUGGGCUGCUGUAACGUGAUCUGCUCAGACAAGACGGGAACUCUGACGAAGAACGAGAUGACCGUCACUCAGCUGUUCACGUCAGAUGGACUGCACGCUGAGGUGACGGGCGUCGGCUACAACGGAGCGGGAGAAGUUUUACUGGACGGCGAGAUCAUCCACGGCUUCUCCUGCCCUUCGAUCAGCAAGGUCGUGGAGGUGGGCUGUGUGUGCAACGACUCCGUCAUCAGGAGUCACGCUCUGCUGGGACGACCGACGGAGGGAGCGCUCAUCGCUCUCGCCAUGAAGAUGGGGCUGGAGAGCCUCCAGCAGGAGUACGUCCGUCUGGAGGAGCAUCCGUUCACCUCAGAGCAGAAGUGGAUGGCUGUUCGCUGCGUUCACCGCACCCUACAGGACAAGCCUGGAGUUUACUUCAUGAAGGGAGCUUAUGAGCAGGUGAUCCGCCUCUGCAGCUCUUACAACAGCCGAGGAAGCACACUGUCACUGAACCACCAGCAGAGGGAGCUCUACCAGCAGCAGAUCAGCUACAUGGGCAGCGCCGGUCUGAGAGUCCUGGCGUUUGCGUCCGGCUCCGAGAUCGGGAGCCUGACCUUCCUGGGUCUGGUGGGCAUGAUCGACCCGCCCAGGUCAGGGGUCAAAGAAGCCGUGGGGACGCUCAUCAACUCCGGAGUCGCCAUCAAGAUGAUCACCGGAGACUCCCAGGAGACCGCCAUGUCCAUAGCCAGUCGUUUGGGUCUGUACUCUAAAGGCUGUCAGUGUUUGUCUGGAGAUGAGGUGGAUCAACUGGACCUGCAGCAGCUGUCUCACGUCGUCCCCAGAAUAGCCGUGUUUUAUCGAGCCAGUCCCCGACACAAGCUGAAGAUCGUCAAGUCCCUCCAGAACAUCGGCGCCGUGGUGGCCAUGACGGGUGACGGGGUGAAUGACGCCGUGGCUCUGAAGGCCGCCGACAUCGGCGUGGCGAUGGGCCAGACGGGCACCGACGUCUGCAAAGAGGCGGCCGACAUGAUCCUGGUGGACGACGACUUCCAGACCAUCAUGUCGGCCAUCGAGGAAGGAAAAGGAAUUUACAACAACAUUAAGAACUUUGUCCGCUUCCAGCUGAGCACGAGUAUUGCAGCUCUGACGCUCAUCUCCUUGGCAACGCUGAUGAACUUCCCCAACCCGCUGAACGCCAUGCAGAUCCUGUGGAUCAACAUCAUCAUGGACGGGCCUCCCGCUCAGAGUUUGGGAGUCGAGCCCGUGGACCGAGACGUGAUCAGAAAGCCUCCUCGCAACGUGAGAGACAGCAUCAUCACCCGCAGUCUCAUCAUCAAAGUGCUGGUGUCGGCGCUCAUCAUCGUCUGUGGGACGCUGUUUGUCUUCUGGAGAGAGUUGCAGGACAACGUGAUCACUCCUCGAGACACCACCAUGACCUUCACCUGCUUCGUCUUCUUUGACAUGUUCAACGCUCUGAGCUCCCGCUCUCAGACCCGUAUGGUCCACGAGAUGGGUCUGUGCAGUAACAGGACCUUCUGUUACGCCGUCCUGGCCUCCAUCAUGGGCCAGCUCCUCGUCAUCUACUUCCCUCCUCUUCAGAACAUCUUCCAGACGGAGAGCCUCAGCGUCUUCGACCUGCUGUUCCUGGUGACCCUCACCUCCUCGGUGUGUGUGGUGUCUGAAGCCAUCAAGAUGGUGGAGCGGUGGAGGGGAGGUGAGAGGAGCCCACCUGUCGACUGCUUCCAGGUGGUAUGCCCCCCCCCCCCCUCCCCGCGCUGUCCCGGCCGAAGGACACUGAGGUUUGGAGGAAGAGGAGGAGGAUGAGUGUGAUGGGUUUUGGGAUCUCACAGCCGAUGGCACUGACUAAUUAAGACUGUGAGGACUUGUGGGAUUUUCCUCAGGAGGGAGGAGAAACUCUGGUCUGGGACUGGAAGCUCCUGGCCUCAGGGGGGGACGGAGGGGGGCGAGUUAGCGGACUGGACUUUGAUUAAGCUGGGGGGAGAAGAUGGCUGCUGGGAGAUCUGACCCUGUAGUCUGCGUUUGGUCCAGUAGAGGGCGUUAAUAGCGAUCCACAAACCCGCCACAGACCGAGCACACCUUCCCCCGUGGACCAGUCUGCUCCUCGUUGUUUAGGACGUCCUCUGAAGAUUAGAGACGUGUAGUGUCUUCUUUUUUAAUCUGUCCUUUCGAAGGUGUUGACCACUGUCCGGUUUAAAUGCGACGGGACGACUUGUUUCGGUUCCUCUGUAGACGGCUUUGCAGUACAUGGUGGAGGUGUAACGGUGCACGAUUCACGUUUUUUUUUAUUUAUCUACUGAGACUUACUGAUCCUGAGUCUGCUGUAAAGACGAGCACUGAAACGUUAUUUAAAGAAAAGGCUAAAUGUUAGCGUGGCUGCAGGUUGAUCAUAAAGGAGCAUCACAGAGCACAUGAAGCUUUAAUCUGACGUCUGCGGCUCUCAGUAUGAAAAUGAAAUCAUUUAAUCAUGUCAUUGUUAUAAUAAUGGACAGGUGUCUCUCUGACUGACAGGUGUCUCUCUGACUGACAGGUGUCUCUCUGACUGACAGGUGUCCCUCUGACUGACAGGUGUCUCUCUGACUGACAGGUGCUCAUCAUCAAAACGACUGUUAAAACCUUCAGAUUAGAAUUUUUACCUGAUGAAGGGCUGAGCACCGAAACAGUUAAUGAGGUUCAUAUUAGAAACACGCUAAAAUCAGGCCAUAAUUCAUAUUCAUGUUCAACCCUGUCACGCACAGCGGUCACUACUACAUUCCCGACACUGCCACCCACUGGCCAGCCGAUGUAAGUGCAACACAAAUGUCUUAAAACCAGGACGGCCUGUGAAUGAUGAGCAGCUCAGGAAAACCUUGCCAGUCCUUCUAUAAUAGGAAACCUUUGCAGGUAAAUACAAUUUGGUAGCUUUAAGUAACACCUAAGGAGUAAUACGAUUGUUAAAAUUUCCAUUGGUGUGUUAAAUACAUAUUUCUUUAGCUGAAAAAAUUUGAAAAAAUUAAUUUCAACUUUUUAUUUUCAUGGCUGAAGGCUAAUAAAAACACUUGACUGAG